AUGAAUCUUGGAACAAUCCAGCGCUACCACAGCUACGUCAAGCUGCGGUUAGAGGUUUCCAUUCUAUCACACGCGCCGCUUACGCCAUCAGUCACACGGGUAUAUGAGAAGGCACGCAAAGCAGGACACACCCCGGCUCUAAACGUUACUAGAGCCACAGCGGAGAUGAAGGCCCUCAGGGACAAGCAGCUUCGACGGUCUACCCUCCUCGGCAAGACAUUAAUUACAGGGAAGUACGGCCCUCUUACUGUUGACGAUGCGAGAAUCCGUGUCGCAAAGGAUGAGUACAACAGACUAGCGGCACAGGAAGAUAAGAGGCAGCGUUUGAGGAAGAAGGAAACUCGCGAUGAGGCUGCUUACCAAAGCAAGUGGCAGAAGAGCGAUCGGCGCACUCUUCUUAACCGCCUGAACUAG